AUGGAGAAUUGCAAGUCAGCAGCUACCCCGAUGGAAGUAAAUUUGAAAUUGAAGAAGCUUGAGGAAAACGAAUCGCCAACAUGUCAUCCUUAUCGUGAACUUGUUGGGUGUCUGACGUACUUGAUGCUGUCAACUCGGCCGGACAUCAGUAGUGCGGUGAAUAUUCUCAGUCGUUUUCAAGGUGGUGCGUCGGAUCUUCAUUGGACUCAUCUCAAACGUGUGUUACGCUAUCUGCAAGGAACCAGAAACUACUCUCUGACUUAUCAGCAAACGGAUGCCGUUUCACCACUUGCUGGAUUUGCUGAUGCUGACUGGGGAAGCGACAUGAACGAUCGAAGGUCGACAUCCGGUUGUUUGUUCCAGGUCUUCGGAAAUACGGUUUCGUGGACGACAAGGAAGCAGACCAGUGUAUCGUUGAGUUCUACAGAGGCUGAAUACAUAUCCAGCAGUCAAGCAGCAUGCGAGGCAAUCUGGUUGAGGAAUUUGCUAUCUGAAUUUAAUGUCGUUUUAGAAUCUCCCACGGUUAUCUUCGAAGACAAUCAAUCGUGUAUUUAUAUUGCAACCGAACCACGAGAUCAAAAACGAAUGAAGCAUUUGGAUAUACGUUACAACUAUAUUCGCGAGUGUAUCCAGAAUGGUUCUAUAUCGAUAGAGUUUGUUCCUACUCAGAAACAGCUUGCUGAUGUGUUUACAAAAGCGCUUCCCGCAAAUAUCUUUAACAAACACCGUGUAGCGCUAGGUCUGAAAGGGGGUGUUGAAAUACAGACCCAACAUUAG